UCUCUCUCGUCAUCGCUGACGGCUGGUCGAUACCUCCUCCUCCUGCUGAUUCCUCCGAGAGCGAGUAUAAAAUCGCAGGCUUACGGCCAUAAAUGUGAGGAACACCGCAGAACCCGCAAAAUCUGGGGCUGGGGUUUCUGGCCGUUUACAGGGAAAUGAACUGCUAGAAAGAACAAGAUAUUCUCUGAACUCAGCAGAGAUGGCUUUUGAACCCUUGGUUUGGUAUUGCCGGCCGGUUGAGAACGGGAAAUGGGCGAAGUUUGUCGAGAAUGCAUUCGGAGCUUACACACCUUGCGGCAUCAUGACCAUUGUGCUUGACAUCUCCUAUCUAGUUCUAUUCGGCUGUUGCUUUUACAGAAUAUGGAGGACAACGAAAGAUUAUUCUGUUCAAAGAUACCGCCUGAGGUUUCCGUACUUCAAUUACUUCUUAGGGGUUUUGGCUUUGUAUUGCACUGUAGAGCCAUUGGUUAGGCUGUUCAUGGGUUUAUCGAUUGCAAACUUGGAUGGGCAGACUAGUCUUGCUCCCUUUGAGGUGGUCUCACUGAUUGUUGAAGCAGUUGCUUGGUUCUGCAUGCUCACCAUGACUGCUUUGGAAACUAAAAUUUACAUCCAUGAAUUCCGGUGGUAUGUGCGGUUUGUAGUCAUAUAUGUACUUGUUGGCGAUGUAGCUGCUUUUGAUGCUUUCCUAUCACUAAAGAAGUACUAUGACAAAUUGGCACUUAACAUAUUUACCAGUGGUGUAAUUUGUCAGCUUUUGUUUGGCAUCCUGCUCGUGUUUUAUAUUCCAACUUUGGAUCCUUAUCCGGGAUACACUCCUCUUAGAGGUGAUGUUCAUGUGGACAACACAGAGUAUGAAUUGCUUCCUGGAGGAGAGCAGAUAUGCCCUGAGAGGCAUGUAAACAUAUUUUCUAAAAUAUUUUUUUCAUGGAUUACUCCACUCAUGCAACUUGGCUUCAAAAGACCUAUCACUGAGAAGGAUGUUUGGAAAUUAGACUCAUGGGAUGAGACAGAGACAUUAAAUAGCAGAUUCCAGAAAUUUUGGCUUGAGGAAUCUCGAAGAUCAAAACCUUGGCUAUUGAGGGCACUGCAUCGCAGCCUUGGGGGAAGGUUUUGGUUGGGAGGCGUUUUCAAGAUCGGCAAUGAUGUAUCUCAAUUUGUUGGUCCACUGAUUUUGAAUCGCCUUUUAAAGUCCAUGCAAGAAGGAGAGCCAGGGUGGCAUGGCUACAUCUACGCCUUCUCAAUAUUUGCGGGAGUGUCAUUAGGAGUGCUAUUUGAAGCUCAGUACUUCCAAAAUGUGAUGCGUGUUGGCUUUCGGUUAAGGUCUACCUUGGUUGCUGCUGUGUUUCGUAAAUCAUUGAGACUAACACAUGAAGGCCGAAGAAAAUUUGCAUCAGGAAAAAUAACUAACUUGAUGACAACUGAUGCAGAAUCACUUCAACAAAUCUGUCAGCAGCUUCAUAGUUUAUGGUCAGCACCAUUUCGCAUUGUCAUAUCCAUUGCACUUCUUUACAGUCAGCUAGGUGUUGCUUCACUUGUGGGAUCAAUAAUUCUGGUUCUUAUGUUCCCCUUUCAGACAUUCGUGAUAAGCAAAAUGCAGAAAUUAUCUAAGGAAGGCUUACAGAGGACAGACAAACGGAUUGGUCUUAUGAAUGAAGUGCUGGCUGCAAUGGAUACUGUGAAAUGCUAUGCAUGGGAGAAAAGCUUUCAGGCUAAGGUACAGAGCAUUCGAAAUGAUGAGCUUUCCUGGUUCCGGAAGGCUCAGCUACUCGCAGCGUGCAACUCUUUUAUUCUGAACAGCAUUCCAGUUGUUGUUACCGUGAUAUCUUUUGGGGUGUUCUCUCUGCUUGGAGGUGAUCUGACACCAGCAAAAGCAUUCACAUCACUUUCUCUGUUUGCUGUUUUGCGUUUUCCUCUCUUCAUGUUACCGAAUUUGAUAACUCAGGUUGUGAAUGCAAAUGUUUCAUUGAAAAGACUAGAAGACUUAUUCUUGACUGAGGAGAGGGUGCUUAUGCCUAAUCCGCCUCUUGAUCCUACUCUUCCUGCCAUAUCUAUUAGGGAUGGAUACUUUUCCUGGGACUCAAAGGAAGAGAGGCCCACAUUAUCAAAUGUCAACUUGGAUAUUUCUGUUGGUAGCUUGGUGGCCAUAGUUGGAAGCACCGGAGAAGGAAAAACAUCUCUAGUAUCAGCAAUGCUUGGUGAACUUCCACCAAAGGCAGGAUUCAAUACAACUGUUGUCAUUCGUGGCAGUGUUGCCUAUGUUCCUCAAAUUUCAUGGAUAUUUAAUGCUUCUGUGCGGGACAAUAUUUUGUUUGGAUCUCAUUUUGAAGCCCGGCGCUAUGAGGAGGCUAUUGAAGUAACUGCUUUACAACAUGACCUAGAUUUGCUCCCGGGUGGUGACCUUACAGAAAUUGGGGAGCGGGGAGUUAAUAUCAGUGGGGGCCAAAAGCAAAGAGUUUCCAUGGCAAGGGCUGUUUAUUCUAAUUCUGAUGUAUAUAUAUUUGAUGAUCCCUUGAGCGCAUUGGAUGCUCAUGUUGGUCGGCAGGUUUUUGAUAGAUGCAUUAAGGAAACAUUGAGAGGAAAAACCCGAGUACUUGUGACGAAUCAGCUACACUUUCUUCCAAAUGUGGAUACAAUUAUUGUGGUUCAUGACGGCAUGGUCAAGGAGAAGGGCACCUUUGAAGAACUCAAUAGUAAUGGGUUCCUUUUUCGAAAAUUAAUGGAAAAUGCUGGGAAGAUGGAGGAGCAAGUUGAUGAAAAGAAAAGUGAAAAUGAAGGCGAAGAGGCUGCAACAUCUACUGAAAACGGAGAAGUUAUAAAGAGUGGGAAUGGACUGGAAAACAAGAAUAGUAAAGGAAAGAAAGGAAAAUCUGUGCUUAUCAAACAGGAGGAACGCGAAACUGGUGUUGUUAGCUUUAAAGUUGUUGAUAGGUAUAAGAAUGCCCUGGGUGGGCUCUGGGUUGUCAUGAUACUUUUCUUUUGCUAUGUCUUGACUGAAACUCUAAGGAUUUCAAGUAGUACAUGGUUAAGUGUCUGGACAGAUCGAAGCUCUCCAAAGAGAUACGGGGCUGGUUUUUACAACCUGGUCUAUGCACUUCUUUCCUUUGGUCAGGUACUAGUGACGCUGACUAACUCUUAUUGGUUGAUCAUUUCAAGUCUUUAUGCUGCCAAGAGGUUGCAUGAUGCCAUGCUUAAUUCUAUAUUACGAGCUCCUAUGGUAUUCUUUCACACAAACCCACUUGGAAGGAUAAUAAAUAGGUUUGCAAAGGAUCUUGGUGAUAUUGAUCGCAAUGUUGCUAUAUUUGUCAAUAUGUUUUUGGGCCAAGUUUCGCAGCUCCUUUCAACUUUUGUUUUGAUAGGCCUUGUCAGCACUACUUCUCUUUGGGCCAUAAUGCCACUUCUGAUUCUGUUUUAUGCUGCGUAUCUGUAUUAUCAGAGCACUGCCCGUGAAGUGAAGCGCCUGGAUUCCAUAACUAGGUCCCCUGUUUAUGCCCAAUUUGGGGAAGCACUGAAUGGACUUUCAACCAUACGUGCGUACAAAGCAUAUGAUAGAAUGGCUCGUAUUAAUGGGAAAUCCAUGGACAAUAACGUUAGAUACACACUUGUGAAUAUGAGCGCCAACCGUUGGCUUGCUAUACGGUUAGAAACCCUGGGAGGGAUUAUGAUCUGGUUUACUGCAUCCUUUGCGGUAAUGCAAAACCAGCGUGCUGAAAACCAAAAGGCAUUUGCGUCAACAAUGGGACUUCUUCUUUCUUAUGCUUUAAAUAUUACAAGCCUAUUGACAGCUGUUCUGCGACUUGCGAGUCUUGCUGAGAACAGCUUAAAUGCUGUGGAGCGAGUUGGAAAUUAUAUAGAACUACCUUCUGAGGCUCCUCCUGUUAUCGAAAGCAACAGACCACCUCCUGGUUGGCCUUCUUCAGGAACAAUUGAUUUCCAGGAUGUUGUUCUUAGAUAUAGGCCUGAACUUCCUGUUCUACAUGGCAUAUCCUUCAGAAUUGCAGCAAGUGAGAAAAUUGGAAUAGUUGGCCGUACUGGGGCUGGAAAGUCUAGUAUGAUCAAUGCGUUAUUUCGGAUGGUGGAAUUGGAGAGAGGGAAAAUUCUUAUUGAUGAUUGUGAUGUUUCCAAAUUUGGUCUUUGGGAUUUACGCAAUGUUCUGGGAAUAAUCCCGCAAUCUCCAGUUUUGUUUUCAGGAACUGUUCGGUUUAAUCUGGAUCCCUUCAAUGAGCAUAACGAUGCUGAUCUUUGGGAAGCUUUAGAGAGAGCACAUCUGAAAGAUGUUAUUCGUCGGAACUCUUUAGGGCUUGAUGCUGAGGUUUCUGAGGCAGGGGAAAACUUUAGUGUUGGACAAAGGCAACUUUUAAGUCUUGCCCGUGCACUACUACGAAGAUCCAAAAUUCUUGUUCUUGAUGAAGCAACAGCAGCUGUUGAUGUCAGAACUGAUGCCCUUAUUCAGAAAACAAUUAGAGAAGAGUUCAAGUCUUGCACAAUGCUAAUCAUAGCCCACCGCUUGAAUACUAUAAUCGAUUGUGAUAGGAUCCUACUUCUCCAUUCUGGCAAGGUCUUAGAAUUCGAUACGCCGGAGGAUCUUUUAUCAAACGAAGAAAGUGCUUUCUCCAAAAUGGUCCAGAGUACUGGAGCAGCCAAUGCUCAAUACUUGCGGAGUUUGGUUUCUGCCAAGUCCAACAUGGAAGAGAUCAGAAGGCAGGAUGGUCAAAGGAAAUGGCUUGCCUCUUCUCGCUGGGCAGUUGCUGCUCAAUUAGCACUUGCUGUCAGCCUCACAUCUUCACACAAUGAUCUCAAAUCUCUUGAAGUCGUGGAUGAGAAUAACAUUCUCAAGAAAACUAAGGAUGCAGUCAUCACUCUUCAGAGUGUUCUAGAAGGAAAGCAUGAUGAUGAAAUUGAUUCAUCAUUGAAUCAGUACCAGGUUUCAAAAGAAAGAUGGUGGUCUUCUCUCUAUAAAUUUAUUGAAGGCCUAGCAAUGAUGAGUAGGUUAGCUCGCAGCCGGCUUCAACAUCCAAAUUUUUCCUUUGAAGACAAAUCGCUUGAUUGGGACCAAGUGGAAAUGUGAAGGGAAUAACAGCUCGUCACAAAUUUACUAAGUAAUGACUCUAUAGUUUAAAAUAUAGAUGCUGAGAACAUUUUGAGUAUUCCCCCCUUCAAGUUAUUGGAUCUUGGGAAUCUUCAGCAACUUCUGCAUUUUCAAUCUGUAAUUGUUUAGAUCACCAGAUGUAUUCAGUGUAGUUUUCUUCUUCUUCAAAAUAAUUCCUUGUAAUUUUGUCUUGCAAAUAAUCUGUCUGAUUUCUCUCUCAAUUUGUUUUCUGUUGAGGGAGUGCUAUUGUAAGAUUAGAUUGGCCUAUUUAUGAUGGUUUUUAUAUGCUUGUAUCUUCAAACAAGUAAUCAUUGAUGCACUUACUUA